AUGGUUCUGCCGGGGACCUUCCUCAAGCUGGGCCUCGGGCUCAAUCCCCGUCGGGAUCUUCGUUCCGGACAAGACGGCGCUCUCGUCCGCGUCGACAAUGCCGCCGAAGGUGUUCCGUCGUACGCGACAAACAUUGAACGUUUCCACUACACGGUGAAACGGGCGCGGAGCAUCAUUGAGGGCCGCGACGCCACCGUGGCCGUGUCCCAGUCGGAAAUUCACAGCAUUCUGACCAAGAUUGAAGAACUGGACCGGCAGGUGAGGGCGCUGCUACCGAACGGGCCCGAACCUACCUCGCCCGUUCCUAGGUUGGGGCCCGGAUCCCAGCCUGCUUCUGACAAGACGAACGGCGCGGGCGGUGCCAGAGACCAGGACUGCGAUGCAGAGAACUUGAUCUAUGACCUGGGAGCGAGAGCCGUCGUGGAUGCGGACGGGCAUGUAAGUGGACACCCGUUAUUCCGCAGAAAUUCCAACUGCCCCAUGGAAUCCGCCGUCAAUGGCAAGAAUCCCGCCAACGCCGGCGGUUCGGGUGAUUCUCCCAAGGGACCUGCUAAAAGCGGCACGGCUGCCAACGGAGGGGAUCGCAAAGCAAGCCCAAACACCUCUCCUCCAACCGGCGAUGCUUCCUCGGAGAACCACAAGUCCGGCCAACCCAAAGGGGCAGACACCUCGGCAGAAGAAAAGCAAAAGGCCAAGGCAGAGAGUGGCAAAGGAAGUGCCGCGCUUGACGUCCCCGGCGGCGACGCUCGCACCGCCUUGCCCCAGGUCGUGUCGGCCACGGUAGAAAUGGUCGAGGUCAAGACUGUGCCCGUCAACGGGGCGUUGGUCAUGACGACAGUCACCAGGACAACCACCAGGCUAUCGACCGUCACAGUUGUACGACAGCACAAGGCCACGGGGUCUACGGCGGCAAAGCAGACGACGCCCGACGACACUGCCGCCGCGGUGAAAAACCCCCAAGACGGCACCGGCAAGGGCGUCGAGAAGCCAAAAGUUUCUCAGAAUGUCCCCGUGGCUCCCAGCGCCGGCAGCUUCGCGCAGUUCUCCAACGACACCUCCAAGUUCUCGAAUAGCACCGCGGCCAGCCAUGCUUCUCAGGCGGGGGACCAAAAGACGGCGGACGUGGCUGUUGAUGACAAGUCUUUCAACCACACGGCUGUCGACAAGACGCAAGGGCCUGGGCAAAUCGGCAGCACGCCCGUCCAGGAAAGUGAAGGAGCAGGAAACGUCACAGCCCCUCAAGAUGCGGUGAGCCUCGCUCCGGAAAAGUCUGCCAAUCACACCGCCGCGCCGGACAAGGUCGUCGGUGCUCCUGGCCAGCAGCAGCCGGCGAAUCUCACCGGGACUGGAGACUCGGGGGCAAAGGCCGCCAACACCACGGCGGAUAAAGUCGACAACACGCCUAAUCAGCAGUCGGCGAAUCUCACCGAGACUGGAGACGCCGGAGAAAAGGCCGCCAACACCGCGGCGGAUACAGUCGCCAACACGCCUAAUCAGCAGCAGCCGGCGAAUCUUACCGAGGCCGGAGGUCCCGGGAAGGAAACCUCCAACACCGCGGCGGAUACAGUCGCCAACACGCCUAAUCAGCAGCCGGCGAAUCUCGCCGGGACCGAAGACGCCGGGGAAAAGGCCGCCGACACCGUGGCCGAUGACACGUCCUUGAGCAGCGCAUCUGGGCCGGAUACAAACCCCGCUCCAGACUCCGGCAAUCCAAACGGAAGGGUCAAGGUCAUCACCGUCGUCCCUAUCCCCGCCCAGUUGGGCGGCGCGUCGCCUGCCGCGGCCACUGCCGCCGGGGCCAACGAGGCUGUGCGCCGAGCGGAGACGGGCUUCAUGACGGUGCGGGUGCCUGGGUCCAAGUAA